AUGCUCCUCAGGGCAUUCUGCAUAUUGUCGCUCGUUGUGGGUAAGUUUGGUGGUACGACACAAACUUCAAAUUUUAAAGAGUUGCAACUAUUGAGCUGUUUAUUUUGAAAGAUAUUGUUAUCAUCCGAAUAUUAAGCUUCACUUUUUGUGAAAAGAUACUAACAAUAAGUUUAGAAUCUCACAGAAAGCAAGGGUACGGUAGAUAAAUUACAGUAACUAAAUUUUUUGUUUUUAAACCUGCAUAUGCAAAACUGUUUAUAUUGUAGGCCUGACAUUAGCAGACACCCAUUAUGACAUUCGAGUACAUCUGAAGACCAUAUGUAAACAGGACCUCUACCUGGCUAGCCAUGAACAGACAUACGACGACGUUUACAAACGACUAACUCUAAAGGUAUGCCACUUACAACAACAACCUUUGACCAUUAUAUAAAUAGAUAACAUAUCUAGCCCACUAAUUGUUUACUGUAUAUUGAUUUUACUCGUUUUAAUAGUAGAAUACUCACAAAAUACCGUACUUGUAAUUGAGAACCUGUCGAUAAUACCCAAAUUUUAGUUUCAAGAAGUCCUCGGAACUCCAGAUGUCAGUCUGAACCUAUACGACUUUGCGUAAGUUGCCACUGUAACAAAUAAGAUAUACGAGUUUAGCAUCGCUGGUACUGAACUCAACCUUCCGACCGUCAUGUUCCACGCCGAACUCACGCUGAAGAACGACGUGAAACGUGAUGUCAUAAUAGAAAAAGUUUUGGCGUCUGGAGAGCUUGUGCUACCGUACAUUGCACCCAUCAGUAAGUUUUUUAACCAUAUAUUGUGAUACCUUUUACUUUCAGAAUGUUUUAUUUAGCCACUACUGAAUACACUGUUAUAACAUGUUACCCUUAAAACCAUAAUUUCAGAAACUCCAUCUGCCCCAUCACUGUUCAAUACCCGUUUGUCCUCGUACUUCGAGCUAGAAGUAACUGACUGUGUGAACGGUGGUGUUCUCCUUCCUAACGCUACAUGUGUAUGUCCAUCCUACUUCACUGGUACCAACUGUUCUCGGAUCGUAUGUGAACAUCAAGGUGUUCCCAUCAGAGGAGAAUGCUACUGUCCUCCAGGAUACGUCGGAAAACAUUGUGAAACACGUAAGUUACUUUGACAUCUAAAGGCUACAUACACAGCGUCUUACAAAAAAUAACUCUUCGUAUCUUGCCCGUAUAUAUACCACCGUUAUACAUUUAUUACAGUACCAAUUCUGCCUGUCUCCAAGAGCUCCUUCGACUUUAGCAAUAAGAGCUUCGUGCUUGUGCUACACAAUAGUCUCACGAUGGCACAAAAGAUGAACGACAUCGCCACCUACCUAUACGAACUGAAAGAUAAGACAGAGGUACUCAGCCAGUACUUUGACUUUGUACUCGUCACUUUCGCCAAAGAUGGCUACAGUUUGAUUCACACAGUGCACCAAGCUCAGAACAUCGACCGGUUUAUCGACUACUUUGUCGGAACAAGUGUCGUCAAUGCUGACGCCAGACAGCCAGUUCUAACUCAAACAGUCCAUGCUUUGUUACAGUAAGCAAAUUUCAUAUUAUCUACUCGUUACGGUAUUUAUACUUACAUUAAUUACAAUGUAUCUUUUUGUAGCUUCAAUAUUCUUUCUCAGACUAACGUUUAUAUUGUUGUUUUAGCGAAGGCUUCGUCCUCCCGAAGUCAAAUGUAUUCGUUGUGAGUGACGCUUUGGCUAGCGAUUCCUUUUCGACUUCGAACAGAGAAGAUAACACCAAUCCAGAAAACCUUCUACUGAAAUCAACCUUACAUUGGCAACAUUCCGUAAGUACUCCAAAACCUUUUGCUUAAUAAUAAAAGAAUCUAUGUCAACAUAAGGCAAGAACGUCGAUAAUGUCAAACCUUGACCAAAAAAGUACUGUAUUUCAGAUCCACGUAAUUCUAGCCGACAAAAGCAAGAACGAACCUCACCCGUCCAACCCUGGCGCCUCUCUCGAUGCUCUGAAGCGGGCUUCCCAUCGUUCUAACGGUGAAUUCGUUCGGUUACCUUAUGCCAAGAAUACAGUAUCCACUGCGCUCAAAAUCAUUGUAGAAGCUCAACAUAAAGCGAAUACAGUAGCCCUAGCCAGAGAAAAGACUGACGCUUCAGGUCAACUUCAACUUUCCAUCAAGGAAAACGGAUACGUUUACCUAAUUGUAUAUGGAGGUAAAUUUGAUACUAUAAUAUCACAAAAUUACGUUUUUCAUUGUUACUUUACUAUGAUUCAAGCUAAAACAAAUAACUUUGCGUUUCAGAUGUAACAGUGAUCGCUGGAGCUGUCCAACUCUCGCCGGAAUUCAGCACAAACCAAUUCUCUGUGAGUAUAAUGCACUCAUAUUGGUAUACAUCCCCAUAUAAAUUCCAAAAUUUGUAAUUCUUGCAUACCUAUAACAAUGAUUUUCAGCUCUACAAAGUAGAAUCAAACCGCUCAAGCAUCAAAUUCACAUCCAACAACAACUCCACCUGGGGCUACAGAGCUGUAGCCAAGAGUGACAGUGCCGUAUCCACAGCCUUCACUUCAGAAGAACUCACAGAAGCUACAGCCAACUACGCCACUCAAGGUCUCCCCAACAUGGCCGUAGUCAGACCUCUGAACUUAGACGUAGACACCAUUACCACCAAGAUGUUAUCUACUGACUCCAACGUCAUCGCUGAGACACAGUACAACAAAAGAGUCAUCGACAGCAACUUCCCUUACGUGGCCAAGAAGACUGUAGAAUGCACUCCAGGACCUCUCCUACUUCAAGUCGAGAUCAAGACCAAGAGUGGCGACAACUUUGUCUCUUUGAUACCUAGCUUCUGUUUCGAACCAGUCCACCAUCAAACCAACGACAUCCCCGACUGCCACAAUGGAAGAUACGACCAGUCAACCCAGACCUGCAUCUGCAAACCAUUCUACAGUGGAAAAUAUUGUGAAGACGUCAAGUGUGCCAACUACGGUGAAGUGAAUCCAUUCCCAGGAAACGGACAAAACCUCUGUAGCUGUGAACCUGGAUUCGAAGGUCAAUUCUGUGAACGCAGUAAGUUACAAGGUUUCGUUGCCUAAUUGCUUCUUUUAUUGUUCUUGUAAGUUUAUUAAUUACAGUGACGUGUGCUGAACAAUCGCCGUUCCCCGAAUCCCACAACAGAACCUUGAUCGUGAUCCUUCAACGCACCUUCAGUCAGGCCAUCUACAACGCUCCGAUCAGAGAUGGUAUCAACAAUGUCUUGAAGAAGGCCAACAACUUUGACGAAUUCGUACUCACAACAUACGCUAACACACUGAAAGACAAACAACAGAUCGUCAAAACACAAUACUACAACAACAGCGCUGAAUUCAUCAACGAUUUGGACGCCAAAAACAUCCAAUACCUGAUGUCAAAGCCAGGAGAUCAAGGAAGUUUGGACGCUAUCAAGCAAACUCUGUCAGUAGACAUCAACAAUGUCAACAAAAACCUCGUCCUAGUCUUCACUGACUCUCCAGCCAAGAAAGACGACCAACUGAUCAAACAACUCAAGGCUACAGCCUUGAACAGAGUCAGCGAGAUCCACGUCAUCUCGACUUCUGAAUACGCUGACGGAGAAUCUUGUCUCGAACAAAACGACCAAGACUCUUACAGAGACCUGACCUUGUCUACUGGAGGCUUCUUCAUCCACAAUUGUGGAGACAAACCCUCAGAAGUCAAAGAUUUUGUAGAAAGCUUUGUAGCCACUUCUCAGCGACUUCAAAUAUCCAACAGGAAGAUCGCCGACGACUGUUCCAAAGAACAACUUAAGUUCUCAGUGUCAGAUCAGACCAACCACAGAGUAAUAUUUGUAGAAUCGUACGAAGCCGACAACGUGGACAUUAAUUUAAGCGCCGCAGAUGCCUCAACGGGUCACGUUGUCCAGAAAGUGACAAAACUAGGAAGAGUCACGGUAUUCAAGGCUUCCAAGCUAAGCCAAACCACUUACAAUGUCAUAAUCUCAAGCUCGAAAUCAGGAAAAUGUCACGUUCAAGUUGGUCAGGAAAGCGACUUCGAAGUACUGUUCGGCUACAGUGUUAACCCCAGCUUCGACAACACCAAUGCUACAGCACAAUUCGGUGAGCAAACUAAAGUUAGAUACCUACAUUAAUAUUACUGAUGAAUUAAGAUCGCAGGUCUUACAACUCAGCACAGUUCUUUAAACUAAAAAUAUAGGUAUAACAUAAUAAAUUUAGGAGCCCCACUUCACCCAGUCGUCUACGUCUCAAGUCAGCUUCAAUCUACCGUUGACGUCGAAUUCUCGGUUCCAGAAGUCAACGGCUACACAGAAGUCGGAUCUCUCCGUGAAGAAGGCUGUACCUACGACUACUACUUCGACCAUCCAUUCAGUUGUUCGGAAUCCGACAAAAGCUUCGAAGCCAUUGUCAAGGUUUCGACUUCUGACAAUGUUACCAUCGAGAGAAGUGUGUUGGCUUACUGUAACGCGCCAGAUACGAAAUGUCUUCAUGGAGGCAAAGAAGAGAGUAAGUUACAUCAAAUGAAGUUCGGAAUGCCCAGUGUUAUGCAAAAUCGAAAAAAUGUGGUAGAAAAAAUACCGAAAUUGAUCUUUGAGCCAAGUCUUCCCUUUAUUAUACUUUUGAGUCAACUUUGCUUCUCAAGAUAAUGGCAAGGAAGCUUUCAUGAAAAUGUAGGUAGUUAUUUCCUACGAAACCAGCACGUUAAAAAUUUUUAAUUUAAAUUAUUGUUUUAGAUGGAAAGUGUUCAUGUUCGCCACAAUAUUCUGGAGAAUUCUGCGAGAAUCCAAUCUGCCAGAACGGAGGAAUCUCGGCCGAAACGGUGUGUAACUGCUUGGAAGGCUUCAAAGGAGAAUUCUGUGAAUUGAGUAAGUUUAGACUUCAAAUUUAAAUAAACAUAAGUAAUAUUAGCAUAAUAGCGACAAAAAGUUUAAAAAAACUCAAAAAGCCUUAAAAAUGCUAUUUUAGCUCAAUGUACCAAGUGGAACUUCCUCGACAGUCACGAUGUUCAAGAUUUUGAGCACAAAACCGUUAGUUUCGUUGUUUACGAAAACCAGCCUGACUACAACAAGAUUCUGAGUGAGGAAAUCGACCAAUUUGUGGAGGGAUUGGGGCAAACGAGAACCUUCAAGCACUUCAACUUGGUUACCUUUAACAAGAAUUCAGCCACCAAUGUGGUCAACACGAUCAGUUCUCGGAGAUUCGUAGAUGUAUUCAAGAAGGAGCUUCAGAACUCAACAUCAGACGACACCGCCAAGGUUACACAGGCAUUGCUGGGUGUAAAACUGGCCGCUCAAGCUUCUCUGUACAAGCCAUCGAUCGUGUACUUGAUCACGAGCAAGAACACAGCCAUUCAGAGUGCCAUCGAGACAUUGGACGCUCUGUCUGAAGGCGGAGUCCAAGUCAACGUGAUCCUGAUCGACGAUAAUGGAAGCGUCGACAAGUUCGGCAAUCUACAGUACUUUACUCAUAUCAGCUACGCUACAAGUGGCAGAUUCAUCAAGUUGGACAAGAGCAACGUGAGAGGACUUCUGAAGGACUACCUCCACAAAAUUGUCUACGAAAACGCUCUGAUUGAAGACAAACAGACUAAGGACUGUACCACACAAUUCAGCGUCGACUUCCCGGUCGAAAGCAGAAACAGCUGGUACAGUGUGGUUGUUAGUGGUACUGGAGCCAGGGACAAUGUUGAGUUGUGGAACGGACAAACUAAAGCUGACAUCAACUCUUACGUCAAGAUCAAGGACCAAAACUCUAUCGUCGCUAUCAUCCCCAAGAGUGAGACUUUCAAUAUUGUCAACGUUUUUCUUCACAUUAACAUUAUUACUUCCAUACAUUAACACACAAAUAAGUAUAUUCAAAUGUAUGAAUUUUAGGCAGCUACUCUCCUGGACCAAAGACCUUGAAGGUGAAGACGACUUCAGGAAAGUGUUCCGUCCAGAUCCGUUCUUCUUCUGAAUUGCACACUGACCUCGGCUUCACAAUCAACCCCCACAACGACUUCCCUAACGAGAGACCCAGCUUCUUGGGUAGUAAGAACCAUAGUACUCUGAUCACUCUCAAGAUCGGAAACGCUCUCUACAAGAACCACCAAGUUACCCCAGAGAAGUUGACCUUGAUCUCUCGUGAUUUGAACACCGUGGUCGAUACUCAGCUAAAUGAAGCCAGCAUCGGCCUCAGAGACCCAAACAGAUGUGCUCAUCAAUUCAUUACACCCCUCAUUGCUGUCCCUCAGGUAUGUCACUGUAUCUUAGCGUAAUAUAUUGAUUUAGGGCAACUACGACUUGACAAAAGCUCCAUUCUUGGUAAAAGUGAAUGGUAAAGACGAGAACGGAAACCAAUUCCAGAGAAUCAAGUCAUAUUUCCCGGAGAAAUUAGGUAUAACUUGAAAUAAACAUUCAUAAUACCUAAAAUCCAAUUAUAUCAAAAAUUAGUGAGCUUCAAUGUAACACUUUUAGACUGUAAGAACGGCCAAUUCCAAGAAGAGCACGGCUACUGUCAAUGUGACGAUAACUAUUACGGAGACGAGUGCCAGAUCCCUAGAUGUCAACACGGUGGCAUCAUCGACCUUACUGUAUGCAACUGCCCUUCUGGCUACUUCGGAAAAUACUGUGAAAAGCAAAUUGACUAG